CUGACAUUUAAAUUUUGUUAUAAAUGUUAUAAUAUUUGCUUUGAAAAUACAAUGUUCUAAAUAAAAACCAGCCAUGGAUAAGGAGGAAAGUCCGGCUAAAGCCGAAAGCGUAAAAAAAACCGCUCGCUUUUCGGUUGAGAAAAUUAUACGAUACACUUUAGUUGGUCUAAUAGCUCUCUCCCUCGGUUACCUCCACUACCUCUACGUCUCAACCCUCUUCGAGAACAACCUCAACUUCUCUCACCUCUCCACCAUGGAACGGGAGAUCUCACUCCGGACCGAGAUGGGCUUCUAUUACUCAUACUACAAGACUGUGGUGGAAGAGAGACCUUUCAUAGCCGGCGUGUCGAAACUCAUGUAUGACCGACUCGUAGAGUUCCCCAAGGAGGUUAAUGCGUUUAACAGAUUCAACAUCGCUCCAGAGGUCCUGAUUGGAGCGAUGUACCGGUACCUAGAACCGUGGUUAAACACCUCGACGUAUCGGCAGUGUCACAUGGUGUACCGCGGGGACGAAGUAGAGCCGGUCCAAAGCUGUGUGGGCCUUGGAGAGCCUAUGCUGUUCUAUUUGGAGGCUGUAUGGUGGUUGGCCGGGCUGCUGGUAGCGGCGCUGUUUCUCUCGGCAUAUAGUUUAAGCAAUAGCGUGCUAGGCGGGCUGCUAGCCGUCGCGCAGUACUUCGCGAACCAUGUUGAGUGUACACGGGUACAGUGGACGCCGAACGAACGAGAAAACAUGGCCGCUCCAUUGUUAUUACUACAGAUGGGCCUAGUAGCAACCCAAUUGCGGAACGGUCGCACUUACUGCCGUCUCCAGGUUUCAAUCUUCAUCGUCAACUGCCUCUGCCUCCUUUUCUGGCAGUUCUCCCAAUUCGUCUUCCUCACGCAAACCGUCAUUUUCUUCCUAAUGGAACAACUCAAAAUAAUCGACCUUAAGGCCCUCUGCAUUUUCCUCCACUCACACUUCUGUGGUCUGCACAUGGCGGUCUUACUGCUACAGGGAAACGAUAUGCUGAAAACAUCUUUGUAUACCUCGUUUUUCUUAGUCGUUUCUACGUAUUGUUUAUUUUUUAGCUCAUUCCGAAUAAAAGUGCAAAAUAGAUUAGAUCUAUUCGUGGAAGCUUGGUUAGUUAUUCUAAGAUUAUUAAUAGUUAUAACUUCAUCGUUUUAUUUAAAGCAUUUAAUAAGUGAUUUUCUCGAAAUAGAAGAUGAUACUCAUGUAUGGGAUAUUUUGUAUUCAAAAUUUACUAGUUAUAAAAACUUUCAUACCUUAUUGUAUACGUGUUCUGAAGUAUUUGACUUUUUGCCUUUAAGUACUGUUGUUAAUAUGACGAAAACGUGUUUAAUACCUAUGGUUGUGUUUGGUGUGUGUGUCCGCGUGUAUUCGUGGUUUGGAGAAGAGAAGAAGACUGAGAAAAAGGAGGUUCUAGAAGAUGAAGACAGCGGGAUAGAGAAUAAUGCUGAUAGCAAAGAAAAGAACGACGUAGAAAUGGACAUGACAGACUCCACAGUACGUUAUCUGCGGCGGCUCAAAAUUGAGCCAGACGUAGUAUACCAAGUGGCUCAAUUGUGCGUGUUCGCUAUACUAGCGGCUCUAGUCAUGCGGCUCAAACUGCUACUAGGCAUGCAGCUGUGCGUUGUGAGCGCGCUCGCCGUGAACGCUAACCACAAAAUUGAGCCGGCAGUAGUAUACCAGGUGGCUCAAUUGUGCGAGUUCGCUAUACUAGCGGCUCUAGUCAUGCGGCUCAAACUGCUACUGGGCAUGCAGCUGUGCGUUGUGAGCGCGCUCGCCGUGAACGCCACAAUAGUAUACCAGGUGGCUCAAUUGUGCGAGUUCGCUAUACUAGCGGCUCUAGUCAUGCGGCUCAAACUGCUACUAGGCAUGCAGCUGUGCGUUGUGAGCGCGCUCGCCGUGAACGCUAACCACAAGAUAAGUCCAUUAAUGCCAAACCAAUUAGCGAGUGAUGCGGCGAUCGAGUUAAGUUUGAGUUCAAGCUCAUCGUAUGUAGGAGCGGACACAACAACAGCCACGUCGUCGGCAUACAUGAAGGUCUCUCCGCCGGUGACCGCCUCUGGCAGGUCGUUCAGAAGUAUAGAGAACAGAAUAUUUGAAACCGACGAGCCCUGUGCGACGCCCAUACUUGUGGUCGCGGCGUCAGAUCGAACUGUACCGCCAUCAGAGACCACGACUUGUGUUCUGUUCCGUAGAAGGCGUGAAAGGUUUCAACCUGAUGCAGGAGUCGGCGGGCGGGCGCGCGGCACGCAGCGCGGCGAGCGCGCGCGGCAGUCCUCGCACUCGCACGCGCGCUACGCGCUGAUGUUGACAUCGCAGUUGUCGCUGGUGACGUACCUGUCGGCUGGCCUCGUGUUUUCUUCGGGGCUGGAUCGUCAGUCUUCAAUUGAGCCGGCAGUAGUAUACCAGGUGGCUCAAUUGUGCGUGUUCGCUAUACUAGCGGCUCUAGUCAUGCGGCUCAAACUGCUACUGGGCAUGCAGCUGUGCGUUGUGAGCGCGCUCGCCGUGAACGCUAACCACAAAAUUGAGCCGGCAGUAGUAUACCAGGUGGCUCAAUUGUGCGUGUUCGCUAUACUAGCGGCUCUAGUCAUGCGGCUCAAACUGCUACUGGGCAUGCAGCUGUGCGUUGUGAGCGCGCUCGCCGUGAACGCUAACCACAAGGUCCCUCCGUCGUUACGAAAAUACUUGCCGCUGUGCUGGGUGGCGGGCUGCGCUGCGCUCGCGCACCGCCUCAGCGUCAAUAUGAGCGCUGAAAUGUCACAUAUAAGUGAAUUCAGCGAUUUUCAACAAGAAGAGCUUCUCAACUGGAUCUUAAAAGAGACAGGAGCGAAAGCGGCUUUCGCGGGAUCCAUGCCCAUACUGGCCACCGUCAUGCUAGUGACGCGGCGGCCGAUAGUGGCGCAUCCACACUAUGAGAAUAAGGAGGUACAAUACAAUACAAUAGGUAAUAAAGAGACAGGAGCGAAAGCGGCUUUCGCGGGAUCCAUGCCCAUACUGGCCACCGUCAUGCUGGUGACCCGGCGGCCGAUAGUGGCGCAUCCACACUAUGAGAAUAAGGAGGCGAGGUACAAUACAAUACAAUACAAUACAAUACAAUACAAUAUAGUAGGUAAUAAAGAGACAGGAGCGAAAGCGGCUUUCGCGGGAUCCAUGCCCAUACUGGCCACCGUCAUGCUAGUGACCCGGCGGCCCAUAGUGGCGCAUCCACACUAUGAGAAUAAGGAGGCGAGAGCCCGUGCUUACGCCGUAUACAAGACGUAUGGUAAAUUCACAACCGAUGAGCUGUAUAAGGAGCUGACGGCUCUCAAGGCUAUCUACCUCAUCGUUGAGCACAAGUACUGCUACGGGAGGAGUCGGCAGGGCUGCUCAUUCGAGGACAUCUGGGAGUCGGAGUACCCCUCGCGCCGCGGGCCGCGGGCCUGCCACGCGCUGCUCGCCGGCACACAGGACCACUUCUACCCCGUGUUCCGGAACAACCACUACGCCGUGUUCCGGCUACACGACUACAGUGUCAGGUACAUGCCUCGUAGCUUUGACACUUGACAGGCGGCCGGGAUCGACGACCUGGCCACGCACCAGUUAGAGUGAGACGCGUGUAUCGUUCUCUCUUUCUGAAGGACAUAGUGAAUAAGUGCCAAUAUGUUUAAAGGACUAACUAUGAAAAUAAUUCUAAGUGUUAAAAUUUAACUUUAGCCAAAUUUGACUAGAAGAUUUGGUGUCAAAAAAAAUAUCGUACCUGAUUUUGACAGCUGAAUUAGAUGGCGCAGUACGGCAUCAUGACUAAAAUGACAAUAGUCAACUAUUGCCAACCAGAAUUACUUCGGGCAACCUCGGCUCCGUUCGGCUCAGCAUUGCUCCGAGCAAUUAUUAGGGUUGACACAACUUUACGUCCCUUUGCACGACCACAGAUAAGAUAAUGCCUUGAAUUUUGACAACCCUAAAUAGCCGAAAGGGGUGCCAUAUAUUGGAAAGGGACGGCAUGAUUCGACCCUGAACCGCUGUCAAACUUCGGUUUUGUAGGAAGUUUCCUUUGUGUACGGUAGUAUUAUUAUUUAUUCGCGGUGAGAGCGUGCGACUUGCAAUCUGGAGGUCGCGGGUUCAAACCCCGGCUCGUACCAAUGAGUUUUUCGGAACCUAUGUACGAAAUAUCAUUUGAUAUUUGUGUCGCUUAAAUUCAAACUCAGGUAAAUCCAUUGGACUCCCUCAGCAAAUAUCUACCCUAUUACGUUUUCUUAAUACCAAAAUAGCAUAAUCUGACAGAUGGAUUUACCCGAGUUUGAAGUUAAGCGACCCAUUUACCAGUCGCUUUUCAGUGAAGGAAAACAUCGUGAGGAAACCGGACUAGUCCUAAUAAGGCCUAGUUUACCCUCUAGGUUGGAAGGUCAGAUGGCAGUCUUUCGUAAAAACUAGUGCCUACGUCAAAUCAUGGGAUUAGUUGUCAAGCGGACCCCAGGCUCCCAUGAGCUGUGGCGAAGUGCCGGGAUAACGCGAGGAAGAAGGAAGUAUUAUUA